AUGAGGUCUACCUCCGUCUGGCUCGCCGCCUGCACAGGCCUGGCAGCAGCAUCUCCCCUACGCCCUCACGAAGUCCACGCCCUCUACCCCAGGCAGAAUGCAUCAACACCAUGUGCACUCGCCAGCGCCGCAGUAGCAGCCGCCCCGCGCGCAGCCGCACCUACCAUACCCGCAGAACUUGCGUACAACUGUCUUACGAGCGUGCCGUUGAAUGCAACGGCUGGACUGCGCCUGCUCGGGUCUAUUCGGCCAUACAUCCAAUGGCAAAGCACACUCACGUGGUUAAAGAACCCUCCUGCUGAGUACGUGGAGAAAGUGCAGGGUCCGGUCGACGUAAUAGCCAACCUGGAUAAGAUCGAAGGGAAGCUAGAAUCGGAAGAGUACGCCAACGAGUACGAGUUUUUAUGGGAGCUAUACAGAGCUCUCCACGUCGCGCACGACGGCCACUUGAACUUCAUCCCGGACCUUGUCGGCGGCAUCUUCAACUUUGGGCGAACCGUGCCGCUUGUCUCUGUGUCCGAGGAUGGCAAGAAACUGCCCGCCGUGUUUGCUUAUAUCGACGUCCUGCAAGCGUCUUUCCCGAAUAAGACAUACGAGCCUUCGGCCGUCACCUCAAUCGACGGACAAGAUGUCAACGCGUUUCUGCAGAACUGGAGCCAGUGGGGUUCACUGCAAGACCGAGAUGCCCUUUACAACAACGUCUUCUUCAACCUGCCCUCGAUCUCUUUGGGACCGUCCGGUAGCGGCCAAGGCUUGUUCGUGGGUGGUGGGCGAGCACGAUGGGUGUAUCCGGGACCGACCACGGAGAUUACUUUCGCGAACGGCACGACGAACACGUACCAGAACAUCGCGCGUGUUCUGGUGUCGUUGAGGCAGGUCCAGGAUGCUAGGACCCUCGUCGAGCAGUAUAUCAUCUACUCUGAGACGGGCUCGGAUUUUAUCAGGCCAGACCCACAGUCACCGCAUGGAAGCGGCAAUGAGGUCAUUACGGAGACCGUUACGGCGACCCCGACGCCGGCCCCGACACCGGACCCCAUCGUCAGCGUGCCUGGUGUCACUUCGACAGUGGCAGUCGGCCCAACAAGCACAGUGACCCCUCCGCCGGGCUACCCGGCCCCUGUCAUCAAGCAAACCCUAAAUUACAUCGGCGGCUACUACAUCGACGAUGCGGGUUACGAAGACGUCGCUGUUCUUACCGUCCCCUCCUUCGUCGGCGUAUCUGGGGUGCAGGAAGACUUUCAGCUCAUCACGACCGAGUUCCUGGCCCUGGCCAAGGCUGCAGGGAAAACUAAGUUGAUCAUCGACGUACAAGCUAACGGCGGUGGCACCAUCCUCCUCGGCCAUGACCUCUUCAAGCAGCUUUUCCCAUCCAUCGAGCCUUUCUCUGCGAGCCGAUUCCGGGCCCACGACGCGCCCAACUUCAUCGGCCAGAAGUACUCGGAACUCGCCGGCCAAUAUCCGCGCGAUCUCAAUGUGGCCAACAGGUCCGCACUGGAGUACAUCUCGUCCGUCUUCAACUACCGCAGCGACGUCGACCUUAACCGCGAGAACUUCGAGUCCUGGCCCGACAAAUACGACCAACACAAAGAUGCCAGCGGCGACUCCUUCUCAUCGCUAAUCCGCUGGAACCUCAGCGACGUGCUCACUCCGCUCAACAGCGGCGGCAUCAACGUCACGGGCUACGCCGACCGCACCAACGUCACCGAGCAGCCCUUCGCCGCCGAAAACAUCGUCAUCCUCACAGACGGCUACUGCGCGUCCACCUGCACCCUCUUCGCGGAGAUGAUGCGCCAGCAGGCGGGCGUCAGGACCAUCGUCAUGGGCGGCCGCAGCCAACCGGGGCCCAUGCAGGCCAUCGGCGGCGUCAAGGGCGCGAACGUCUUCCCCUGGUCUUACGUGCAGUACCUGGUCGAAGCGACGUACGCGGAGUCGACGGAGGAGGAGAAGGCGGCGUACAACCAAACGGAGAUGGGGCUGUAUAAGAACUACAUCCCCUUCGAGCGCGCGGCCAUCGGGCCGAACGUCAAUUUCCGCGACGCGAUCCGCGAGGGCGAUGAGGGGGAGAGGGAGGUACCGCAGCAGUUCGUGUGGGAGGCCGCGGACUGUCGCAUCUUUUAUACGGCUGAGAUGACGCUGGCGGUCGAGGCGACGUGGAGGGCGGCGGCGGACUCGGCGUUUGGCACGGGGGAGAGUAAAUGUGUUGCCGGAGGCAUCGGAGGUGGUGCGCCCGCGCCCGUGCCUGUGCCGAAGCCGUAUGGAGGGAGGAGCAGGAGGGGAGUCGAGGUUAGUAGGAGGGCGGCGGUGCCGCGCCUGGAUAGGGGGGACCGCCACUUGGAGGAUAGUUUCGAUGUGUGGACGAAUAUUGCGGAGGCGAAUCUGGAUGGGGAUGGGAUUAUGUUGCCGUAA